CUUCCGCAGCCGGCCGUGUCGGCGUCUGGAGUCGCCUGCGCUGAGGCGCGGGACGCGCGCGCGGACACCGCGGCCGGUGUCUGAAGAUGGCCCAGAACUACGUGGCGCUGUCCGCCGGCGACCAGCGGACCUGGGGGGCCUACCGCUCCGGCCGCGGCGGCCUCGGCCCUCCGGCCUCCGCGCUGGCGAGGGCCUCGGGCGACUGCGGCGCGGUGGGCGGGCCCGCGGCACCGUCCCCGGGACCGGCUUCUCGGCAGGCGGCGCGGCCGAGCCUUCAGCCCGAGAGUCGUCGGGCGACCGGCGGCGGCGGUCGGAGCGCGGCCCGUGUGUUGACGGGAAGGGGCCCGGAUGGACGUGGCCGGGAGGCCAGGUUCUCCCCGUACCCGACCCCCGGGGCUAAACUGGACCUGCUGAGGAGGGCGCUGGGCAGCGCCUGAGGCCUCGGAGGGGUCCCGCCCGCCGUGCAGCUGCACCCCCUGCAGCCCCCCCCCCCAAAUGAGCUUGUGAACAAGGCCUUUAAAAUCCUCCCUGGUGCACCCGCAGUCUUGUUUUUAGAAGGAUGUAUUUUCGUGGAAAUAGGCAAAUGCCAAGGCGUAGACGUCUUGCUCCUACAGCCUGGCACAGAGGAAAAGUUCGGCUUUGCUUUCACGCCGUGUUUUGGUGUGGUGGGCCGAG